AUGCUCCCUGCAAUAAAGGAGACUGGGAUGAGCUCCACAACACUUCCACCGGCAGAGUGGGUAAAGCGAUUAGAGCAGAGCAAUCCUUAUCCCACCCAAAAUCCAGCCAUCGAAUUACUUUCGUUUUUCCAGUACCGCCAUAGGGGUAACAGGGCACAGGAUUCUCGAAAGCCUUCAUUUGACACCACUGUAGCCCAAAGGGACAGUCCAUCCUUGCGAAACAUUCCCGAUCUCGUUGGCAGUGAACUCAUCAAUAAGAUCAUCGCAGCAUAG